AAUCCACCGAAUAUUAACAUCGUUAGUAUCAUAGGCAACUCAAAAGGUUCUCAAAUCAGACAUGCCCCUCUUUGAAAUUUCUACUUUCACGAGACGAUAAGUGAACCAAACAAUUGUCAGCAUACGUAUGGCUACAUUUGAUUUCAUGCAUACACAUAAAAGUUCAAGUACCUGGUGGAAAACGAAAAUCUUUUUGAUAUGGAGAAGGUGCGUAUACAUGACAUGAAUGCAAAAAAUUUAACGCUAUGCUAUGAACUUAUCCACAUAUUUAAUAUUCCUGCAGAAUCUGUACCAAUGCCUUCAACACGUCUUUAGUAAACUUCCCUUCGCCGAUAAGUUAAAUGCCCGUCUCGUCAGUCAAGAUUUUAAUGCCCUCUUCACAACGCCUCAUUUCCUGAAGGACUGUCUCCUCUUAGUCAACGGCAAUGAAACAGAGGAUGAUGAAAUUUAUAAAUUUCUGGUCAACACCCCGGUGGGAUGGAUUAAUCUUGAAUUACGAAAUUUUAAUCUGGGGGAAAUCAUCUUGGAUAAAGAAUUUAGUUUUACGCGUGUCUCACGUCGUUGGCAGUUUACCUUAAAAUCGCUAACUCUUAAGAAGGUUGAAAUUUUGUUGGGGCGUUUCAUGGAGCUGGUUUCGUUUCUCUACGUCCUAACCGAGCUGAGCCUGGAAGAAGUUCCAGAUUUGUACAAAAAGCAAAAUCCUUUGGAAUUCCUGAAUUGGAACCAAUUCAUUCAACCAUUCACAGCAAGACUUCGAUCCCUCAAGAAGUUGUCAUUAAUUGAACAAGGUAGCGAUGCCUUGGAUGACGACCGAGCUCUCUGGUAUUUCCUAAACAAUUCUACGUCUUUAGAGCACCUCACAAUCUACACGACGACUGACGAGGAAAGUGAAUUUCCAAAAGCGUCGAUCGUUCGUGCCAUGGGAAAUUGCCAAGCCACCCUGAAGGAACUCUUCCUCAGUGGAAACUCCGGAAGUUAUAUAACAGAUGAAAGCAAAUUUGUCUCCUUCUGGGCCUCCGUUUACGUGAACAGAGUUAAACUGAACAGGUUGGAAACCCUGAGUCUGAAUGUGAUCCCGAUGGAUCACUUCGCCUUGGUCAAGCAUAGACUUGAAAAUCUCACCACUCUCGAAAUGACCAACAUGGCCUUCAUUCAUUACCAAGUUUUACACGAUUUCGCCAGUUGCGUUCCAUUCCUGAAGAAUUUGACGAUCGAACAUUGUAACCUCGAGGAAGGAGUGAUUAGUCAAAUAUUUGGAAAAUGUCAAUUUUUAAGUCGUGUCACAUUUCGGGAAAAUCGUGUCACAUCAGGAAAUAUUAUUGACGAGUAUGUAAAAUUCUUCAAGAGUGGGUCGGACGUUUUGGAACAUGUCGAAGUUGGAGGCAUACCUUCUGAACCAGUCUUCAUGAAAACCCUGUUGAACUAUGUCAUCACACCGGAUGAUGGCGAUAGUAGAAAGCUUCAGACGCUGGAAAUAUCGCACUUUGAUGGUUUUUAUUCUGCGCAAAAAGACUGUCUUUUCUAUCUGGCCGACUGUUUGACAAGUUUGGACUUUUCUUCUACCGACCUGGAUAAUUCGUGGCUCUUUAUUUUUUCGGAGCUAAAAGCUUUGGAAUCAAUCUACCUCUCCAAUACCAAAGUGGGGAUGGACAUGCUUCUAAAAUUAUUCGAAUUGCCUAACCUAGUUACAGUGGAUCUUAAUCAAACAAAAGAUCAAUAUGACGACUAUCAAGCUUUAAUUGCUAUAAACGCGUCAAAAAUUACGCUUGUGGAUCCGAGUAAUGAUGAGGACAACGACGAUGAGGAGGAACAGGAGGAACAGGAAGAAGAAGAUGAAGAAGAUGAUGAUGGAUGAGUAGGAAAUACAGUGCUAAAGAAUUACUUUUUUGCGCGAUAAGAUAAGAAGAUAAGAUAAGAUAAGAAGUUACCAACAUAAAUAAGUAUCCCUCAUACAUAUGUAAACAUUAGCAGCCUACUUUAUAAUUCUUGAUUUAUGUAGAUACAAUGAAAGUAUGAGGAGGCUUCGUCGGAAUACAUGGGUGUGGUUUAUAAAAGCAGUUUAUUCGAGCUUUCGAUGCUAAACUCGCAUCAUCAUCAGGAAAAUGAGGAAUUUUAACAAUUUUUGGAAUUGAAAUACAGUGCAGUUCUAAAUUGUCAAGAAAUGAUAAUUUGUUGAAUUAUACAAAUGUAGUUAUGGAAUUUAAAUAAGUGGCAACAUUAAUGAUGACCAGAUGGGGUUGAGGUUCAUCCCAUUGUCUUGGUUUAUGGCGUUGGUGGUUUUUCUUAUGUGCAAACUUUCAAGAAAUUUUCUGUGAAAAUUUCUUCUUUCGGCAAUAAGGAGACUUGCUGAGUCUUCUGUUAUCCGAUGACUUGGAUUUUCUAAAAUGUGUAAUGCUACCGCUGAUUUGACAUUUUUCUUUUUGAUGUCGUUCAGGUGUUCUUUGAUGCGUUUGACGAGGGGUCGGCUGGUUUCUCCUAUGUAUUUGUCAUUACAUGAGCAUAAAAUUUGAUAAAUUCCUACCAGGUCUGGAGGUGGGUUUUCCUUGUAAUCACAAAUAAAUUGUUUCAUCUUUUUUCCCGUGAGGUAUCCAAAUUCGCAUUGAAGUUUUCUCCGGAGGUAACCAGUUAAUCGGUGGGUAAGCGGUCCCAUAUAUGGAAGAAUGAUCCUUGGCUUUUUUUCUUCGUCACCGUUUGGUUGGAGUGUCGUAUUUGAGAAUUUUUUCUUCAUUCUUGAUAUUCGUUGGUUGAUGAGACUUUUUGGGUAGCCAUUGUUUUUUAGUGAGGUGGCCACAAAGGUAAGUUCAUCCUUUAAGAAUUGGUCAUCAGAAAUUGCUAAUGCUCUGUAAACUAAAGCAUCAAUUACAGCAAUCUUUUGGGAAGGGUGGUGGUAAGAUGAGUAAUUUAGGUAUCUCCCUGUGUGAGUGGGUUUUCGAUAAACUUGUCGUUGUAUUUGUCCAUCAUUAUUGUAUGUAAUUAUGAUGUCGAGAAAGGCAAUUUUCUUGUCUAUUUCUGAUUCACAGGUGAAUUGUAUGUUUGGAUGGAAUGAGUUGAGGUCAUGUAAGAUUCUGUCUUUUGUUCCUGAUUUUAUGCACGAGAAACAGUCAUCCACGAAUCGUUUAUGUAAUUUUAUGUCGGGGUGUUUGAGGACGACCUUUUUUUCUAGUUCUUGGAGGAAGAAUUCUGCAAACUCACCGGAGAUUGGGCUGCCCAUUGGAGUACCGUCAUUUUGUUUGUAUGUGACGUUUUUCCAAGUAAAAUAGUUUGAGUUUAUUGUGAUUUGUAGUAAUUUUAAGAUUUCAUCUGCAUUUAACUUGGUUUUUGUUUUCCAGGUUGUCGAUGUAUCUAGUCUUUUCUUAAUGAUUGUUAGAGUUUCUUUGACUGGAACUCGAGUGAAUAAAGAAGUUACGUCGAAUGAGACGAGUUCAUAUCCGGGGGGUACAGUGAAGCUCUUGAUAUCCUUGGCGAAUUCGUAUGAAUUUUUAAUGUGGGUUGGGAAAUUUGACGUGAUCUUCUUCAGAAUUUUGUUCAAAAAAUGGGCAAGAUUGUAGGAAGGUGAGGAACGAAAGUCCACGAUAGGUCGGAACGGUAGUCCUGGUUUGUGUACCUUCGGUAAUCCAUAAAACUGAGGAAUCUUUGAGUUCGUUGGAUUGAUAUUUUGGUGUUGUGAUUUGUCUAGUUUUUUCAUUUUGAGUAGAUUUUUUGAUAUAUUGUUAAUUUCAGCUUCUAAUUUGGAGGUGGGGUCAUUUGGUAGUGGAGAGUAACUCGGGUCUGAGAGUAGUUCUUCUAUUUUGGUCUCAUAAUUUGUUUUGUCCAUAAUCACAGUCAUGUUGCCUUUAUCAGCAGGUAGGAUGACGAUAUUUUGAUCUUUUUUGAGAUUUGUGCAUAUUGGUUUUAACCAGUCGAAUGAUUUGGUGAAUUCAUCAGGUUUGUUGACUUGUGAGUGCAAAAUUCUUGCAAUACCUGAUCUUAUAUGAUUUUUGUAGUUUUCACUAUUCUCAAAAUCCUGCAUGCAAAGUUCAAUGUUUAUCCCCGCUUCGAUUAAUAGGUCUUUAUGUUUAAAAUGUGGGAGGGCGAAGUUUAAUCCAAGUUGGAGUGCCUUCGUUUCAUCCUUGGUGAGUUGACGUUGUGAUAAAUUUAGGACGCUCCUUUUCAUGUCCUGAAUCUCUUUGUUCGCAUCAUGAUUAUGUGGAGAUUGGCGUUGUGUGGAAUGUGAUUUCUCUUCGAGGAUUAAUUUUUUUCGUGAGAGAUUUUCGAACUUCUUCAUUUGUUUCUCUCGGAUUGUGGUGUUGAAAGUUUUUUUGUCAUCGUUGAUAUAUUUGUAGAUUUGAUCCACUAAUUCUUCGGGUAGAAUACUAAGCCGUUGUCUUUUGGCAGUGAUUGAGUCCUCGAGUCUCUUCAAUUUUGAGAAGUUGAGGUGAAUUUGUUGUUUAAUUAACCUUUUUUCCAUUUCUUUAAACAAGUGGGUCGAUUUCGGGAUGUGAUUCCAGAAGUUUUUUAUUCUUAAACCCGUUGGUGUUAAAUUGUUGAAUUUGCAUCUUUUUAGGAAGAUUAUAUCAUUCUUUAAUUUAAUUGUGCUUUGUUCUUCUUUUUCCAAAAAUUUUACGCAGCUUAGUAUAGACGAUCCGAAACGUCUGUUUAUUUGAUGUUUUAGGUUCUUCCAUCCAUGAAAUUCAAAAUUUGAGGAGGCUUCGUCGGAAUACAUGGGUGUGGUUUAUAAAAGCAGUUUAUUCGAGCUUUCGAUGCUAAACUCGCAUCAUCAUCAGGAAAAUGAGGAAUUUUAACAAUUUUUGGAAUUGAAAUACAGUGCAGUUCUAAAUUGUCAAGAAAUGAUAAUUUGUUGAAUUAUACAAAUGUAGUUAUGGAAUUUAAAUAAGUGGCAACAUUAAUGAUGACCAGAUGGGGUUGAGGUUCAUCCCAUUGUCUUGGUUUAUGGCGUUGGUGGUUUUUCUUAUGUGCAAACUUUCAAGAAUGAAAGUAUGUUCAUUUUUGCUCUGAUCAAUUAAAGAUGUCUAAAACUAUCUCAUCUCACGGACCAUUUGUUGUACAGUAUUUGAUGCACAAUAAAGAUUGCUUAAUGCAAUUUGGGGUGAAAUGAAAUUUGAGAUUUGCUGAUAGUGAUCAUUUCUGUGAGAUUG